AUGCCGCCUAGUCCCCCUGCGGCGUCACAGUACGAGAUGAUGCGGGAUGCAGGAUUCAAGCAUCUUGAAUACACCGACAUUGACGACCAACGAGCAACGCAACGAAUCAAGAGUCGACCACAUGUCCUUGGCGAAAAUCAGGUGGCCCUUAACGCCAUUCUCGAGAGCAUUACCUGCUUCAAUUUCAUGUGCCAUUCGAGGCUUCAUGUGGAUUUGGGGCCCCUACUCAACUUCAUUGUAGGGGAGAAUGGAAGCGGAAAGAGCGCCAUCCUGACAGCUAUCACUCUAUGCCUAGGAGGGAAGGCUAGCGCUACGAACCGUGGCGGGAGUCUUCGAAGCUUCGUCAAGGAAGGAGAGGAGCAUGCCAGCCUAGUUGUUAAGAUCAAGAAUCAAGGGCCCGACUCUUACAAACCAGAUCAAUUCGGAGAAUCGAUUAUCGUCGAGCGACACUUCACCAAGUCCGGCUCAAGUGGGUUCAAAUUGAAAUCUGCCACCGGCAGGAUUAUCUCGAACAGGAAGGGCGAUGUUGACGAUGUUGUUGAAUACUACUGCCUUCAAGUCGAUAAUCCCCUCAACGUUCUAUCCCAGGACAAUGCACGCCAGUUUCUGAACGCGGCGACUCCUGCCUCCAAGUACAAGUACUUCGUUCAAGGCACCCAGCUAGAACAGUUAGACCAGGAUUAUCAACUCCUCCAGGAGACUCUCGAAGCCAAUGAGAUGAGGCUUAUCACAUUCAAAGAUGACAUCGCUUUUCUUAAGGAGAAAACUGAAAAGGCUGUCAAGCUGAGAGAUGCACUCACCAAAAGUGCAGAUAUGCGGAAACAAUCGAAAGUCUACUCAAAUCAAUUGGCCUGGGCGCAGGUCCUCGAGCAGGAAGACGUCCUACAAGAGAAAGAAGAUGCAGUGCUCGCAGCCCAAGAAGAAAUCGCACGGGCAGAGGUAACAGUCGCGGAAAAAUCAGAAGCCCUUGAAGUCAUCGAGAACAAAGUGCGAGAAGUGGACGAAGCCAUCGACAUUCUUCGUCAAGAAGAAGCGCAGUUUAAGGACCAAGAGUCAGAAGCGAAGGCCAAGUAUAGCAAAGCCCGAGAGUUGAUGGAGCAAACCCACAUGCAGGAAAGAGAUAUCCACUCACGGCUCACCGAGGCUUCCGGCAGGGUGAAGACAUACGAGAAAAUGAUACGAGACGAAGAGCAGCGCCUAGAGGCAGCAAAUGGCGGAGCUCAUGCCGAGAAGCAGAAAGAACUAUGUGACGCAAGAUGUGCCGUGAAGGAUAUCGAAGAAGCUCAAAGUGCUCAUGCCAACCGCAGCGCCGGCCUGACAACGGAACUAAACCUUGCUCAAGAGGAGGCACAAAAAUCAGAGGGACUGACUAGGCAGAAACGACAGGAAGUCUCUGCGGCUGAAUCCCGACUGCGAACUUUGUCUCAAAAUCGUGGCGAUCCGCUUGCCGGUUUUGAGCGUCAAGUGCCUCAGCUCCACAAGCUUAUCGAGAGCGAUGCCGGAUUUUCCCAGAAGCCUAUCGGCCCAAUCGGCACGUUGAUUCGGCUGAACAAGCCAAAGUGGUCGCCGAUCCUCGAGAAGAUAUUAGGACAAUCGCUCAACGGGUUUAUAGUCUCCAAUCGACCGGAUCAGGUCCGGCUAUUCGCCCACAUGGAAAGACUAGGGAUUCAGAAAUGCCCCAUUUUCAUAAUCCCGAGAUCCGCGAUUGCCGCGUUGAAAGAGCCCGAUGACAAGUAUGAGACGGUCCUGAGGGUUCUAACCUUCGACGACCUGCGGGUGCGAGAUCAGUUGGUAAUCAACCACAUGAUCGAGCAGACCAUAUUAAUCGAGGGUCGAGAGGAGGCGGAGCGGGUCAUGCUCGACGGGCGAGUACCUGAGAAUGUUACCGCUUGCUUGUGUUUCCAUGACAAGAAAAGAGGUCACGGUUUACGACUUACAAGCCGCGGCCAAAGCUUUUCCACCAGUCCGGUAACCCCAAAUUAUGACCAAAAGCCUCGCAUGAAAACGGACGACGUCGAAUCACAAAUAAACUUCUUCAGCGAUACCCUUGAACAGCUACGAACGGAAUUGCGCGAGGUGGAUGGGUCGAGGAGGGCUAUCCAACAGUCGGCUCAACGUUGUGUCCAGGCCAUGGAGCAGCACAAAAAACAGCAAGUGGCGUUAGAAACGCAACGGCGGAACGCUUCGGCGCGGGUUACCCGUAUCGAGGAGGAGCUAGACAAAUUCGAAGACCUCGACGGGAGACUAGAAGGUCUUAAGAACGACCUUCAAGCGGCUCGUAACCGACAAGACCAUUACGGUAAUCAAUUUGGCGAGCUGGCCGUCCAGAAGAGAGAAAUGAAUAACGAGGUAGAGAGACUUAAGGAGGAGCACCACAAAACCAAGGAGGUGCUCCAAGAUCACUGUGCCAAAAUCGCCAAGGCUGAAGAUAAGGGGAGGAGAUACCAAGAUACCCGACGAAUAGCUCUGGUCGAGAAGAACCAAGCCUACGUAAGUCUCGACGUAGCAAAGGAAGGUAAGGUCCAAGCAGACGUGUCCAGGGAUAGACAAAGUACUGUCGUCUCCGACUACAUACAACAGGCAAGUGCCGUCGCUCCCGAGCGGGCUUAUAUCCCCGACGGGGAGAGCAUCCGAAGCAUCGAGAAGAAAUUUGAGUCUAUCAAAGAGCAACUGAGGAAGAUCCGUGGGCAGCUAGGGGCAUCGGACGAGGAGAUCCAGAAUCGAGCCUCGAGAGCUGUUCAAGAAUAUCGCGAGGCCAAGAGGAAUCAUAGGAGUCUCACGCUGCUUGUUGAUGAGUUGAAAAGGGCCCUAAUGGAUCGGCUACGCAAGUGGAGGACCUUCCAGAGACUUAUCUCGGCUCAUGCGCGAUGCAACUUUAACUAUCUCCUCAGUGAGCGCGGCUUCAGAGGCGAGCUCCUCCUGGAUCACAAGACCAAGAGGCUUCGCGUACAGGUGGAACCAGAUGAGACGAGGAAGAAUAACUCGGGACGGAACACCAAGACUCUAUCCGGCGGAGAAAAGUCAUUCUCGUCUAUAUGUCUUCUCCUUGCUAUCUGGGACGCCAUGGGCUCCCCUUUGCGAUGCCUGGAUGAGUUUGACGUCUUCAUGGAUAACGUCAACCGUGCCAUCAGCACCAACAUGCUAAUUACCACGGCUCGGCGCUCCGUCGGCAAGCAAUUCAUUCUUAUCACUCCCAACGCUAUUGAGGGCCGAGCCAAGAUUGACAAAGAUGUCAAGAUCAUCCGACUGACCGACCCUCGACAACGACUUCUCGCAGACCAUUGA